AUGGAAGCAGCUUAUGCACUUACCGUCGGCCAGGUCGUCGACAAAUUCAAGGUCUCGCUGCAUGAUGGCUUGACCGACGAACAGGUCGCCGAGUCGCUGGCAAAGCAUGGGAAGAAUGCUAUCCCGGAAGAACCACCUACGCCGCUAUGGGAGCUCGUUCUAGAGCAAUUCAAGGACCAGUUGGUUAUUAUCUUGUUGGCUUCUGCUGCUAUAUCUUUCUUCCUUGCUAUUGUUGAAGGUGGAAACGAUUGGUAUGCUUUUGUUGAUCCAGCUGUCAUUCUUACGAUCCUUAUCCUCAAUGCCAUCGUCGGUGUCACCCAAGAAAGCAGUGCCGAAAAGGCCAUUGCCGCCUUAAACGAAUACUCCGCCAAUGAAGCUAAAGUCGUCCGUAACGGCCGAAUCGCCAAAAUCAAGGCCGAAGACCUUGUUCCGGGAGAUCUCGUCGAUGUAGCCGUUGGAGACCGUAUCCCCGCUGACUGCCGUCUGAUCUCGAUAAAUAGCAACUCUUUCCGUGUCGACCAGGCCAUCCUGACUGGAGAAAGUGAAAGUGUGGCGAAGGAUCUGGAGGCUGUGGCUGAUUCUAGGGCUGUGAAGCAGGAUCAGAUUAACAUGUUGUUUUCGGGAACUACAGUCACCGUUGGGCAUGCUCGUGCUAUUGUGGUUUUGACCGGUCAGGCUACUGCUAUUGGUGAUAUUCAUAGCAGCAUCGUGGAUCAGAUUUCGGAGCCAACUCCGUUGAAGCAGAAGCUCAAUGACUUUGGUGAUCAAUUGGCAAAGGUUAUUAUGGUUAUCUGUAUCUUGGUUUGGGUCAUCAAUAUCCGACAUUUCAACGAUUCGUCGCAUGAUGGUUGGUUGAAGGGAGCUAUCUACUACCUCAAGAUUGCCGUUUCUCUUGGUGUCGCUGCUAUUCCUGAGGGUCUGGCAGCUGUUAUUACAACCUGCCUUGCUCUUGGAACUCGCAAGAUGGCCAAGAAGAACGCACUUGUCCGAAGCCUGCCAUCUGUUGAAACUCUUGGAAGCUGCAGUGUUAUUUGCUCUGACAAGACCGGUACUCUAACAACGAACCAGAUGAGCGUUUCCCGCGCCGUUUACUUCUCAGACUCGGAUAGCAAGGUUACUGAAAUCGCCAUCCAAGGUACAACUUUCUCACCUGAUGGAAAUGUGACUUCUGAAGAUGGAAAGACCCUCGAGUCCCCAGCUGCAUUCUCCGUUGUCGUCCGCCGUAUGGCAGAAAUCUCUGCACUCUGCAAUGACGCUGAAAUCUCCUAUGAUGCCAAGUCAAAUACCUUCGCCAACGUCGGAGAACCCACUGAAGCCGCCUUGAAAGUCCUUGUUGAAAAGCUAGGUACUCCUGAUCCCGGGUAUAAUCAACAACGGGCAAAGCACAGCAUCCAGGAACGUCUCAACGAAGCAAACAGGUACUACGAAAAUCAAUUCAAUCGUCUCGCGACCUAUGAAUUUGCGAGAGACAGGAAGAGUAUGUCGGUUUUGGUUGAAUCUCAGGGACAACAAAGACUCUUUGUUAAAGGUGCUCCGGAAUCGAUCUUGGAAAGAUGUACUUCCGUUAUUCGCGGUCAGGAUGGGAAGAAGGUUGCGAUGACGCCGGCACAUGCUCAAUUGGUCAAUGAAAAGGUUUCGGCAUACGCCAAGCAAGGACUCAGGGUUAUCGCUUUCGCUUUUGUGGACGGAAUUGGCUCCCACCCAUUGCUUCGCAAGGCACAGACAUCACAGGACUACCUUCAAUUGGAACAGAAUAUGACAUUUGUCGGCGCCGUUGCCAUGUUGGACCCCCCAAGGCCAGAAGUUGCGGAUUCGAUCAAGAAGUGCAGGGAAGCUGGCAUUCGUGUCGUCGUCAUCACCGGUGAUAACAAACAAACUGCGGAAACCAUUUGCAAGCAAAUCGGUGUUUUUGGCUUCGAUGAGGACCUUACUGGAAAGAGCUAUACUGGCCGUGAAUUCGACAACUUGAGUCCCAGUGAACAACUGGAAGCUGCAAACCGUGCUUGUCUUUUCUCCCGAACCGAACCCGCACAUAAGAGCCGACUUGUUGAUCUUCUACAGAGCAGCGGUGAGGUUGUUGCUAUGACUGGUGACGGUGUCAAUGAUGCCCCUGCUUUGAAGAAAUCGGAUAUUGGUGUUGCCAUGGGUAGCGGUACCGAUGUUGCCAAAUUGGCUGCUGAUAUGGUUCUUGCGGAUGACAACUUUGCAACUAUUCAAUUGGCCGUUGAGGAAGGUCGUUCGAUCUACAACAAUACCCAGCAAUUCAUCCGGUACCUCAUUUCCUCAAAUAUCGGCGAGGUUGUUUCGAUCUUCUUGACUGUUCUCUUGGGCAUGCCUGAGGCUUUGAUUCCUGUUCAAUUGUUGUGGGUCAACCUUGUCACCGAUGGACUACCGGCUACCGCACUUUCCUUCAACCCACCAGACCACGAUAUCAUGAAACGCCAGCCUAGGAAGCGUGAUGAACCGCUUGUUACCGGAUGGUUGUUCUUCAGGUAUAUGGUUGUUGGAACCUAUGUUGGUGCCGCGACAGUGUUCGGGUAUGCUUGGUGGUUUAUGUAUAACAGCGAGGGACCACAGAUUUCGUUCUAUGAGUUGACAAAUUACCAUAAGUGCUCGACUUUGUUCCCAGAGCUUGGAUGUGAGAUGUUUGCAAAUGAUAUGUCAAAGGCUGCAUCUACGAUUUCGCUCUCGAUCCUCGUCGUUAUUGAAAUGUUCAACGCCAUGAACGCAUUGAGCUCCAGCGAGUCGCUUCUUACCUUGCCACUAUGGAAAAACCUCAACCUUAUCGCAGCUAUCGCGCUGUCGAUGGCGCUCCACUUCAUGAUCCUUUACGUCCCUGUCUUCCAAACUAUGUUCUCGAUCACACCAUUGACAGUACAUGAAUGGAAGGCUGUGGUGGCUAUUUCGUUACCCGUCAUAUUCAUUGAUGAGAUUUUGAAGUUUGUGGAGAGACAGGUAUACGACCAGAAGGCUAUCGUCAAGUCGAAGAAGGAGUAA